CGUCAAUGGCAGAUAUGGUGUCCUCAGCACGAUACUUGUUUUCCAUCUUACUACUAAUUGCUCAUGUAUCAACAAUGGCAGUACACUCUCCUUCUGCUGGAACCUGCCCACCAGGUUCACUGAUGUGCCUUGAUGGUUCACAGUGUUACAGCGCCAGUUUACGCUGUGAUGGAAAUGCGGACUGUGAUGACACAACAGAUGAAUAUGCCUGUGAGGGAGUUGAGCAUUCUGGUGAAAAAAAUAUAACAUGUCCUGAGAAUUCAAUCCCAUGUAAAAGUGGGGAUCAGUGCAUUGAGACACACCAAAGAUGUGACAAGAUAGAGGACUGUGCAGAUGGCAGUGAUGAGUACAAUUGUCCUGUUGUGUGUGAAGGGGAACAUUUAUUUCCAUGUGGAAAUGGAAACUGUAUUAGUACUGAUUUGAAGUGCAAUGGAGAAGAUAACUGUGGUGACCAUUCAGAUGAAAUGGGAUGUGGACCACCAGUUGAUAUGAACUGCACAGCAGAGGAGUUUGUGUGUCCUGAUGGAACCUGCCUGUCACGUAGCCGUGUCUGUGAUGGUGUCGUCAACUGUCUUGGGGGCAGCGACGAGAAGGGGCCUUGCCCUUCCUAUGAUUCUUCGGCGGAAAGUACUGCAUCAUCAGAGACAGAGGUUUCAACCACAGAUGUUAAACCAGUGGACACACAAGAUAACACUGGAAAUGACAUCCACAUACCACCAGAAGUAAACAGCACAGUAGGUGCAAACAAAACUAGAGAACUGUAUGACUGCAAAGACGAUGAAUUUCAUUGUCAUGAUGGUUCCUGUGUUGACUGGAACCUUAUCUGUGACAAGGAAACCCAUUGCCCAGAUGGCAGUGAUGAAGUUGAAGGCUGCCUCUUGAGGAAAGAUUGUGGUGAUGGAUUUCGUUGUGGUUCUGGCCAUUGCCUGCCUAAGGAAUGGUUCUGUGAUGGCAAUGUCGACUGUGUUGAUGGAUCUGAUGAAGAUGGUUGCCAUAAGAUUCCUGAACCAGAUGAGACCCAAGACACACUCAGACGAUCAAGAAAGGAUGUUGGAAUGGACCAUCUUAUGGAAAUACAGCUGGAAAUUGCCAAACAGGAACGCUUCAAUCAACAACAUUUAUAUCAACUCAAGGUGGAAGAACUGUCAACACGUAAUGAAGCAGCUCGUGCAGAACUGAAGGCAGCACAGGUCUGGAGGGAUGCAAUGAUUGAGCGCCUGGAGCAGCAGCGCAAGGAGCACAGGCUGUCGUUGGUUUCUCUUGAAGGAAGUAAACCUGAAACGGGACUAAAUCACACUGCAACAGAAGUUCCCCCUCAGAGUACUGCAGCAUCAGUGGAAACGGUAUAGCAGCUGCUGUGAUAUUAUUAUGAAUUGAACAUCAUCGUACCGCACAACAAAACUUACUGAGACAGUACAUGCAAAGUCUCACCAGAAUACAAUGUGCGCCAAAUCUAUUUUGUGGAUGCGAUAGACAAAAAAGACUAUUCUCACCUGUUGUGGUCAUGAUAAGCAGCUGAUAAAACAUUAUUGUCAUUGUAUGAUAUCCAUCUGUUGCCUAUCCCUUUUGUCCAUAUUGUCCUUUGUGCCUCCUUCCAUUUCAUCUUCCCAUCUAUAUUUUUCUUUUUCCUUGCUAAUGUGUGAGGAUCACAUUCACAAUUCAUGUCUGAUUUCAUGUUACCAAUGACCUUUUACUUUCAUUGUAUAUUACAGCCUUUAUAUCAAUGUAUCUUUAAUUUAUGGCAUCUUCCCUUGACUUCCGUGUUUAUAUAUUUUUGUAAACAGCCUUUAGUGCCUCUCUUGUACAAAAUAUAAUAAGUAAGCACUAAGUGCAUAUUAUUGUAUUUUAUACUGUAUAUUAUUGUUAUGUGUUGAAUUAUAACCCACACCACCUGUCACAAAGGAAAGCUUAAGUGGAUGAUUGAUGCUGAUAAUGAUCUUGAAAAAGUUGGCUAAGUUUUUUGAGAAACUGAGGACUUGCCUAAAUGCCUCUGAUUGCUGUGAAAACUUGUGA